CUCGAACCCAAGCAGCUACUGAAUGCUGUGGGUUCCUCCCCCCCAUUUUUCUUCUCUUUUUGUGACUAGAUCGCACACAUAUACCGCUGCGUGUCCGAUGGUCGAUUCAUUUGACCAAUUGCAUAUCCAUCAUUUGACUUAAAUUUCUGUAUCACUCAUUCGACAAAUGACGCAUUCCGUCGUGACCAUUCUAGCAGGCAGUACAUCCCAAGUAGCCAGCACUAGCAAUCAGCAUGUGUCCAUGUCCGAUCUCAUCGACCCGAAGUCACAUAGCCCGAGGCUCUCAUGAGCGAUACUUGUGUCACAUACCAGCGAUCGCAUGUUCUUCUCAACACAAGGAAGGUCAGUCACCUGACGGGGCCGUCCCGCGAAUUACUCUGCAUUGUUGUCCUUCCUCGUACGAUGGCUGUCUUAUUCUUCGCCCCCCUCCCUACCCUUUUUGCAGACUGCGGCUUCUCUACGGGGCAGCCAGGAAGUGGGUGAACACAUGUCUGUCUGGCCGGCAGUGAUGUAGGUGAUGCCUGCCGGCCUGCCAAUAUGUGUGUGUGUGUGCAGGCGGCAGCAGGGGCUGACCACAUCGAUCUCUGAGGGCAAUCUGCCGAGGGUGUCCGCCUUUGAGGCACAGAAAGUCAUCAGGGACUGGGCGAAGGUAGGUGCAUACGUGAGACAUGAUGCCGGCGACGUCAAGCGUGUCUCACUCAAAUAAAUGUGCAUCUGCCUCUCCAUCCCUCUCUCUCUCUCUCUCUGUCAGCUGACAGAUUAUCCGACUCUAUUUGUGUCGCCUGUCAAGACUCGGACGGCCCGGAACCGUGCUGCCGACUUCACCAUAUACAAGCAGGCCACGAGCGACGUGAGGGACCUGACCGAACAGUUCCGCCCGUUCGCGCAGAAGGACCUCACCGAAACGCUUAAUGUCCGUGCGUGAGCAGGCAUCGUAUCACCGAGUUGCAGCUGUGCAGGCGUCCGUCUAUGCGCCUUGUGUGUGAGUGCAGAAACUGCCGCGUCAGUUGGAUGACGACUCGACCGACUUUGAGAAG